AAAUUCUUCGGUACGCUCAAAUUGCCAAAUAUAAUCAUCCAAUUCCAAAUUCCUAACGCAAGACAUUGUAAGAGCCGACAAUGAAGACCAAAGCUCGUGCCACCAAGAARCAGGCAAUCAAGCCAAAGGCCGGUGCUGCGAAAAAAUCGAAGCGCAAUGGCAAAUGCAAGGACCAGACGGAGAGGACCAAGAGCGUGCCCAAGAUUCGUAUGAGCAGGAAAAUCACUAUCCCGACCGAUCAGUCGUCUGCCGCUACCUCAAGCGCCUCCACAAACCCAAAGAGCAUAUCUGGCAAGGCAACAUCUUGUGCCAAGAAGAAGACCAACUGCGCCAGUCUGAAGCGCAAGUUCAACAACUGCAUCAAGGCGAAUAAGUCUAACAAGCCAAAUCAGAAUACUUCUCAGUCAUAUCUCGAGUUCUUGCACGAAUACAAACUUCGCAAUGGGAUGGUUCCUGAGAAGGAGGUCGUGCAGCGUGCCGCAAUUGCCUACUGUCUGCUCUCUGAACAUUUAAGACAGAAGUACCUUCGCCAGGCUAAGCUGAAGAGGAAUGGAUUAAUUUAGAAGAGUCAAAGUACUGGGUGAAACAGAGCAAUUAGUAAUAAUAUUAUUCGGAAAUUUAUUAGUAGUAAUUCGAUGCGAAACGUACAAAUAAAUUAAAUUCAAAAUGUG